CGCAAACGCCAGGAGUCCGGUAGACAAGUACCGAUUAGACACUACUGUCCUUGCAAGUAUAGCGUAGAAACAACUAUUACGGAGGUGUCAAUUGCCCACAUUCCCUUUCUCACCGUGCGCUUUUCGCGAACGGGUUAGUUGGCACCGUUGCCAUUUUGCUCAGGAGGGCUUACCAGGCCCAUGAGGGGGCUCGCCUGUACAGGCGGCUGCCCGCUGCUCGCGCAAACACGGUCUUACGUGCGGACACCCACUUAUGCGCGACCACCGCCGACAGUAGCGUUUACUCGGAAUCGGACAUUUAGCCGCACGAUCCAUGUGCGACAUAGUUCAGCGCAUGUGGCGUCGUCGACAACGGACGUGUCAGCAAGCAAUGCGCCUCCCCAAACGGAGCUGCAGUCCUUGAUCAACGCGAUCCCAUUUAAGCGGCUGGCGAUAUGGAGCACCGUUGCAGCGCUGGCGUACCAGCUGCACGAUUUUGCCGGGAUCGUCCUCGGGACAUUCAUUGUGUCCUUCAUCGGGAACUCCUUUGUGGAGAGCGCGCAAGAGAAGCAGCUGGUGCAAUCCGUCCUGCCAACCCCGAAGAUGCGUCGGCAGGUCCUGGUGCUCUUGUACUUUUCCAUGAUCCUAGGCGUCUUCACGUUGCUGGGCGUGCUCACCAUCCCGGACAUUGCGCGCGAAGGCGCUGACUUCGUGAAGAGGUUGCAAAGCGAUAACAUCUGGGUGAUCCUGGUGGAGAAGAUGCGGCGGGGUGUCGGCGACCAGGUGAUGAACAGCCUGGAGAAGGCGGUGUACCUGGCCACCAGCAACGACAUCGCGGCGGCUGCGGUCACGGACACGCAGGUGUGGUGCAGCCCCCGCAGCACCAAGCUGGGUCUGGCGGUGAGCUCCAUGCUCAAGGGCUACACCACCAUGGCAGCCAAGUACACCGCAGUGUUCGUCAAGAGCGUGGCCAAGUUCAGCCUGCAGGCUCUCGUCAGCUUGAUCCUGGGUUUCUUGUUCGUGUGGGACAUGCCUCGCAUCAGCUCCGGCAUCUCCUCGCUGCGCACCUCCCGCCUGGCCCCGAUGUACAACGAGGUGGCGCCCGUGCUCACGGUGUUCGGACAGCUGUUCGGGAAGGCGCUGCAGGUGCAGGCCCAGAUCGCGGUGGUCAACACCGCCCUCACCGCCGCCGGCAUGUGGCUGCUCGCCAUCCCCGGCGUCGGCCUGCUCUCGCUCUUCGUCUUCCUCUGCUCCUUCAUCCCCAUCAUGGGCUGCAUCAUGUCCACCGUGCCCAUCGGCUUCGUGGCCCUCACGGAGUACGGCUUCGCAAAGCUCGCCAUGGUGAUCCUGAUGGUGGCUGCCGUACACUUUGUGGAGGCCUACGCCCUCAACCCCGCCAUCUACUCUGCGCACCUCAAGCUGCACCCGCUCAUGGUGCUGUCGGUGCUGUUGAUAUCGGAGCACAACCUGGGCGUGUGGGGCCUCAUGCUGGCGGUGCCCUCCACCGUGUUUGCGCUGGACUACCUGAUCCGCUACCCCAACCAGAGCUUGAAGGAGGUGGGGGAACGCGAGCUGUGCAAGUUGUGUGAGAAG